UUAGCGCUCGUGUCCGGCGAGAAGACGAACUUCCAGUACAUUCUGCGUCUGCUCAACACCAAUGUUGACGGUAAGCAGAAGAUCAUGUACGCCUUGACCCAGAUCAAGGGUGUUGGUCGCCGUUACUCCAACUUGGUCUGCAAGAAGGCCGACGUUGACCUCAGCAAGCGCGCUGGUGAACUCACCACCGAAGAGCUCGAGCGUAUCGUCACCAUCCUCCAGGCCCCCACCCAGUACAAGAUCCCCACCUGGUUCCUCAACAGACAGCGCGACAUCACCGAUGGCAAGGACUCCCAGGUCGUCUCCAACUCCCUCGACAGCAAGAUCCGUGAGGAUCUCGAGCGCCUGAAGAAGAUCCGCUCCCACCGUGGUCUCCGUCACUACUGGGGUCUCCGUGUCCGCGGUCAGCACACCAAGACCACCGGUCGUCGUGGACGCACCGUCGGUGUCAGCAAGAAGAAGAACUAA